AUGAAGGUCCCGGAGAAAAGCUCGUUCAUUUUCGGCAAAGCCCGACAGUCGCUUCUCCUCCCUCGCGAUUUCAAUGCGGGCGGGCAGUCGAAGUCGCCGAUCCGAUGGAUGACCGUUGACUUCGUCAGCACGGCUGAAGCCGAGAAACUGGAAGUCGACGUGCAUGCCUUUCUCUUCACUCACGACGGCGAAUACAUCGACUGCAUCUUCUAUAAGAACCCGACGCUGGCUGGCAAAGGUGUGCGGCUCCAGGGAACAACUUUGUACUUGGAUCUAUACGCCCUACCUGCGAGGGCCGGCUUCGUCGUCGUGACGCUUGCCGUCUACUCCGGCGGCACCUUGACAGACCUCACAAAAUGCUGUACUCAAGUUAGGGCCUACAUCCCGAAGGACCCUCUAGCGGCAUCCAAGCCCGCGUCUGCGGGGUCAUUUCCGUCGCCCACAGACCACUGGGAGGCGAUUUUAGCGACGAUGGACAUCACGGCGUCGGUCAUUGGUCAAGCGGCCGAUGCAAAAGGAAUGCUAAAUUGCCUGCUUGUAGAGGAGGAUGGCAGCUGGUUUCUGAAGGCGCUGCUGCAGCCCGUCGCGGCCUUCACGCCUCACGCACUGAUCGAGUCCGCACAGAGAGCCACGAGAAGAUACCGCUUCGCCGUUGCCCACGACAAAGAUACUUUCGCUGUUCCGCUCGGCGAACUACUGGAAGCAGCCCAGGAGGGCAAGCAGAUGCGCCUGGAGCGCGACACCGGGGAAGUCGACGAUGCAGAAUUAGAUAUGCAGCUUGGCGAGUUUGAGCGCCUGCAAGGCUUGGAUGGAGCAGGCUCCCCGAGUGCGCGCUACCGAGGGAACCAGAAAGGAGCGGAUGAUACGAGACGAGGCAUAUUCGACCGUUUUGGAGGGAAACGCGAUGACGAGACAGCGAGCGCGGGUGGAGGUAGUACGCCUUCGCGCCUGCCUAGAGAUCUAAGCGUGGGAGAAAGCGACGACGAGGGCAGCGGCGGGCGCACAGCUGCUAGCGCGCGACGCGACCCUACGCAGAAGGGGCGGAGCGGAGGAAGUCUUGGCACGGAUGAUGACGACAUGGACGAGCAUCAGAGACAACUUGAGGAACUGCAAAAACAAGGCACCCUCGAUAUUCUCAGAGAAUUCAUGGAGCCGUCCGAGAUGGGGGCAGGGUCGACUGAAGGAGCAGAGACAGACUCGCGUGAGUCGUCGCUGAACGGGUUCGGAUUCGAGCGAACUCGCUUCGGAGCGGGAGCUUCGGGGCGUGGAAAAGGCGAUUUGACUGGCAGCGGCCGCCGCGUCUCCUGGGACGACAUUUCUGAGUCCGACAGGGCUCGACUGCUGAGCGUCCGCGACAGCCGCCUCCGAGAGUUGGUCGACGAGAAGUUUCAGAAGGAUCGCGAAUGGACUGAAGGCGUAAACAGGCGGCUGGAGAUGCUUGAGAGAGGUCUCGCCGAUGUCACCCGCGCGGUGCAGCAAGUCGCAGAUGGGACCAAGGAAAUGAACGUGAAAGUGCAAAAGUGGUUCGCCGUCACCGCCGCCCAGCUCGAUAAACUCCAGAGAGGAGACGGCGCCCCUGGACCAGACCCGAAUUUCCUCGCUUCUCUGGAGACGCGCCUCCACUCGAUGGAGCGCGACGCUGAGGAGCGGGCAGACAACCGAGGAUCCGUUGGAAGGCAGCUGCGGGACAUUGAUCAUCGUAUGACCAUCGGCGAGAGGUACCAACAGCAGAUCUCCCAGACACUCGCCGAGCUGAAAAUUCAACUGGCAGGCGUGGAACGACGAUUGGGUGGCAUAACGCCCGCGUCAACCGGGGAAAAACCCGCGGUUCCACAGCUUGUGGUUGACGAGAUCGUAGUUGCAGACGGUCGAUCACGGUGGUCACAUCCGCUGCUCACGGAGGACGAAGAGGAAGAAGGCGAUGAAACAGAACAAGAAGAGGCACAGACCCCACGGCGACCAUGGCGUUGCUGUUACUGUUGCGCGAAGAAGCCGGCCUCGAGAGCGUCCAGAGAGGCGUGCGCAGGCUCGGCGGGACAUGAAGGCACGCCAUCGGGUCGCGCGACCCGUGGUCUUUCUGAUUCCGGCGAUGCCGGUAGCCGCAGCAAAGAUCUGCCGGAGCUGCUUUCCACGACAGAGGCUGUUCUGAAGAAGGCUGAAAAGAUUGACCGCUACGGUGAAGAACUGGGCGACCUCAUUCGCUGUCUGGCGAGCUCCACAGCUCCCGACGGCCUUAAGGGUUUGAACUCUAUUGAACGGAAGCUUCUAGCGUUUGCGGGGACUCCGCAGACUUUUGAGGCACUCCACACAUUUGAAAGCGCUUUAGAUCGAUUGCGUGUUACCGGGGCAGGGCUACCGGAUUCCCCCGCUUUGUACUAA